AUGAUUCAAUCCCGCUUUGUUACUCCAACUUCCGCGUUCCUGCUCUUCGACGAUCUCGACCGGUCACAAUGGUCGCGAAGAACGUCCGACUCUCGAGACGCAUAUACCGCCCUGAAAGCUCACUACCUGAAAUACAUCGAGCAUCCGGAUGAUUUGCAGUCGGUGAUUGACCCACUAGCAGACGAUGAAGAGUCCCCCUGGCAGACUCUACGGCAAGAUGAGCAGAUGAGAGCGGAUAUAUCCCAAGAUGUUGAUAGGUGUCUCCAAGAGAAUUUCUUCUUUCGGGAGCCUGCGACCAAAGCCAAGAUGCUUGACAUCCUAUUUAUCUAUGCGAAAUUGAACCCUGAUCUCGGUUAUCGUCAAGGCAUGCAUGAGCUACUGGCGCCUAUCCUAUGGGUGAUUGAUCGAGAUGCGAUUGAUCCAAGAUUGCUUGAAGAAUCUACUUCAAUCGAACCGAGUGAUGAAUUGAUGUUGCAGCUGCUCCAGGCUGACUGGGUAGAACACGAUUCGUUCGCACUGUUCUGUUCAGUCAUGCAAACUACUCGAGUUUACUAUGAACAUAAAAAACAGCGAUCUGCCAAUGGCCAGAUAGACGUGAUUCCUAUCGUCAACCAAUGUCAACAUAUACACCAGAAUCUGCUUACAGCAGCAGAUUUGGAAUUGGCAGAUCACUUGCAGGCGCUGGAGAUUCUGCCACAGAUUUUCCUCACUCGCUGGAUGCGCCUAUUAUUUGGCCGGGAAUUUCCUUUUCAAGACAUUCUUGAGUUGUGGGACCUUCUUUUCGCAGAGGGGCUACGAUCUGAGCUCAUUGAGUUUAUAUGUGUUGCAAUGCUUCUAAGGAUCCGUUGGCAAUUGUUGAGUGCCGAUUAUUCAGGCGCCUUGACAAUAUUGCUUCGCUAUCCGUCGCCAGAACCGCAUUCCCCACAGUCUUUUGUGCAAGACGGUUUAUAUUUGGAACAAAACCCUACUUCAGAAAGAGGCAUGUUUCUUAUCUCGAAAUAUUCGGGAAAACCUGCGGAUUCCUCGAGAACGUUGGACCGGUCAAAGGAAAGAUCUAUCUCGGCCCGACGUUUCAAUUUUCGUAAUACUCUGAGAGAAAGCAGCCAAGCAAGUUCCCCAUCAAGAUCACCUGCGAGGAGUAGCCCCAUUAGCUUCGAGGCUCUUCUCCAGGAUUUCUCUGAUGGACUCCAGCGGCGCACCGAAUCGUGGGGUGUGGCAAAGGCUGUUCGAGGCGCAGUAACUGAAGCCAGGAAGAAUAUGCAGGCAAUACAGUCGGACAGACUCGUACGAACGCCCUUAUAUGACGCCGCUGUCUCUGCGGUGGACACAAAAGACUCAUCCAGACGGGAAAAGUCGGAGAUGCUGGGCAACCUGAAGGCCGAGUUACAGAGCUUGCACGAGCGCAACCGGACGUUGGCGAAAACAUUGAGCCAAUCACUGGAUGAUAUCAUCAAUCAAUUGGCAAAGCUAGAAGGUUCGGACAAACCCGCUGCAGCCGCUUUGAGGCAAGCUCUCACUGGAGUCCAAUCCGUCCAAGCAUCUCUUGAAGACCCUUCAAGUUCUCAAGCCACUGUAGCCGGGCACGAUGCUGCGCGCGAUGAUACUCCCUUGAAGCAAGUCUCGGAACCCAUGGCACCCUUAGAGAAGCAGGAUACCCUCGAACAGGUUGGACCGAGCCAGCCUUUAACGGUCACUGGCAGAGCGCGGGUGUCCACAAGGUCAUCCGGUUCGUCUAUUGAAGGUGAAAUCAAAGCCCAGAAGUUGGCUUCCAGUAAUAAAAUGCCCUCCGCAAGACCCCUGAGACACACCACACGUCCGUCUCUGGCAGACUCCGAGUUCUCCUGGAUGCUUGGUGGUAAUCGACACCUCUCGAGUUUCGUCAGUCCCAUCUCCGCACCACCAGAACAGACCCGGCAUGGUGAAAUGAAGAAUAAAUCUCAGACACUGUUUGGCAAUGAAGAUGGGGAGCCGAGAUUUUCCCGGAGCGAACCCGAUGGACUAGCAUUGCGAAGUUUUGGGGUCGCUAGGGAUCGAGAUCCCGGGGGUGAUGAUACAAUUUGA